AUGCCGUUCUGUGGUGUUUUGCGUAACGCGUUGUCAUUUUCGCACGGCGCCCUGGCGCAAAUCGUGAUAUUUCUACUCCAGAACUGGAACAUCUCCAGGGUGCAAGCCUCGCUGCCUCCGGGAGCCGAGGACGAGAUCAUUCUCAUCGAACACCUGCCGGGCCGCAAAGUGCACCUACAGGAUUUCUUCUGGUCGGACGCGAAGGACGCCCCGCCGUGGGUGGACCCGGACCAAGGCUUGACCAUAUACGAAACCAGAACGGUUCACCACACCGUGACGCUGUAUUCACCCGCAGAGGACACGGAUGACAAUCAGUUCCCUCGCGGCGACCCAAAGGAGCCCCGCUGCACCACUUGCAUCGAGCCCACGCCCAGACUGGACGACGAGGAUGAUCAGAAUAUUGGAGUCCUCAUCGGAGAGGACCCUGGCCCAAGAUAUUGGUUGUUGACGGUUCUCCGGGCAGGGGAAGCGAUACCACCUAAAAUCGAGUUGAAACUGGCUCGUUUGUACAAGACGGCCUUCUCCCGACAGCAGCAACGCCACUUGGGUCUUCUGCAGACGGACCCGAGGUUCCGGAGAAUAGCGAGGGGGCACACGCUCUUUAAAAGCAAGCUAGAAAGUCAAGAGGAAGCCGAGAAAGCCUCGUACAAAUCGCGCGCACAGAGAAGCGAAGAGGCGACGAAUCUUAGACAUAGACAGAACGUGUCUAGCAAUAAGUACGAGGACCCUAUGUUUCCAAUUUCUGAAACUGGCAAUUUCUCAUUGAGACUGAAUCUCCUUAGAGAAGGAGAAUUAAAAUCUUCGAAUAAAACUGAGAACUCAUUUGUAACGGAGGUACAGGCGGAAACAGGUUUCAGAAAUGAAACAGAAAAUCGAAGAAGAGGAUCUACGAAUGAACACAAUUUUCAAAAUGUGUCUCAAUUAUUAAAUCGCAUGAUUGGGAAACAAACGUUGAAUAAUACUGGACCGGAAGAUAUAAACGAGAGCAAGCGGUCCGAGUUGCGUUCGUUGGAUUCCGGAGCGGAGACCGUGCAAGUGCGGAUGCAGAAUACGAGCGUGACCGAAGGCGGCGCCACGAAGUUGAUUUACUCCGUUCACCUGGGUGGAAAGCCUGUGCCAGCAGAGACAGCCGCCAGGGACAUGGCUCUUCUAUCGCCCCAGGAAGUCGCGUUGGAACUCGGGGCACCGGUUCUAAUACAAAGCGAACCUUAUCUGAAGGAGACACGGCCGUUGGCUCUCUCGAGGAAGAGAGACGCGUGGCUGUUAAUUGGCGCGGCUAGCGUCGGUUUUAUUCUCCUAGCUUUCAUCGUUCUGGGAUUAAUAGUCGCUGCGAAGAGGAAGAGAUCUCACAGUGCGGUGGCUGCGCCUCCGAGUCAGCAUACUUUGAAGAAGAACCGGGAAUACAUACAGGCGACCGGGGGUCUCGACAACAAUGCCUUCUCCACAUCGGAGUUGGAUAUUAAGACUGACGGUACCAGCCAGAGACAUACUCCUGGGUCUCUGUCUAGGACUCAAAUUUCUCUGGAGACUCCAGACAGUCUUGACGCGGCAGUUCAGGCCUCGAGCGACGAGGAGGACGAUUCGCAGAAAAGGAAGACUAGGGAACCGAGUCCUUGGGAACAUCCUCCAAAAAAAUCCAGAUUGGCACACGGAAAAAUGUCGCGAUCGAAUGCCAUCGACACGCCUCGAACGUCGGACUCGAUGGACGUGGUUGUUGAUCAAUUAGAAGCGUUGGAUUCAUUGGAGAACAAUUACAGCAGAACGCAGGAGGAAGAGGAAGCCACUGCCUCGCCCCAUUCUUACCUCUCCAUGCCAUCCUGUAAGCCGUUCCCAAGCAUGAAGAGCGUCGAGCCUCUUUCCAGGGUCUUAGAACCUGUCAUGGUGAAACAUUUGGACAUAGAUUCUCCGGAGUUGGUGAGACGCGACAGCGAUCACUACGAGCCGGGUGAUCAAUUUUUCGCCCGGAGUUCCAGUGCUGCUAAAGAUCCCGGAGUCGUCGGGCCUAUAGUUUGGAGUCUUCGCAGGCAGAACGCAUCUACCGAAGGUCCUGCUUCGGGAACUGACGUUGAUGCAGCAUACGCGACAGCGUCGAGACCAGUCGGGAAAGCUAGAAGAAGGCUUCAUGAGCUGCUGGAGGAUUCGUUCAGCCUCUUUGGAAGCAGAGACCCGAAAGUCGAGACGUACUCGCGGCCGACUUCCGCCGCGCGUUCACCGGACGUUCUUACGAUAUUUUCAGAAACGCGGCCUCGCACCUCGGUACCUGGGAAACCAGUCCCGGACACGAACAUGAGUGAAAAUGGACGGAGCGUGCAGUUCCGGUCUCGCGGCGUCUGGAGCUCGAGGCCGCUGAGCGCUGGCCCGUUUCACAGGCCCAAUCUGCCGGAAGUCGACGCCAGACGCAUACUUACUGACAGUCAAUUGCCGCCGGAAGACCCGGCGGUGCCGUUGAUAGCCUCGAUCAAGAGGGAACUCGAAAAGUUCUCGCCUCAAUAAAAAAUAAGGUAUAGUUAAUGGUAAUUACUAUUUAUUGGUUAAGCGUAUACAAAACAGUAUUCGGAAUUGCAUUUGUAAUAAUAAUUGUACAUAAUUUUUAUACCGCUUCGAUUAACCAACAUUUGUACAAUACGUACUCACGUACAAUACAACACGUACUCACUAACAUAUUCUGAUAAGACUGCCGAGAAAUGAAAUUAGACGAAGUAGAAAUUAUUUAAUUAAAAGUAUUUAUUGAUAAUUAGUCAUGUAAUAUACACAUGUAAGUUAUUACGAGUGAUAGUUUUUUUUGUAUCCACUGUUAGAUUAUUUAUUACUCUUAUCUCUGGUUUCUCAUUGUAAAUACAUAUCAUCGAU